CUGGAGCCGGGGACGUGGACCGCUGAAGGCACCGCACCUCGGGGAGGCACUUUUCCUCUGGCCCCCGGAGAACAAGAAAUUCAAGGAUGGUGCUGCUUCACUGGUGUCUGCUGUGGCUGCUGGUACCACUCAGCUCAAGGACCCAGAAGUUACCUACUCGGGAUGAGGAACUGUUUCAAAUGCAGAUCCGGGACAAAGCAUUUUUUCAUGAUUCUUCAGUCAUUCCAGACGGAGCUGAAAUUAGCAGUUACCUCUUUAGAGACACACCUAGAAGGUAUUUUUUUGUGGUUGAGGAAGACAAUACUCCAUUAUCAGUCAUCGUGACGCCCUGUGAUGCACCUUUGGAAUGGAAACUGAGCCUCCAGGAGCUACCUGAAGAGGCCAGUGGGGAAAGCUCAGGCGAGCCGGAACCUCUUGAGCAGCAGAAGCAGCAGGUCAUCCGUGAGGAGGGCACGGAGCUGUUCUCCUACACGGGCAAUGAUGUUGAGUAUUUCACAUCCUCUAGCUCUCCAUCUGGGUUAUAUCAGUUGGAGCUUCUUUCCACAGAGAAAGAUACCCAUUUCAAAGUGUACGCCACGACAACGCCAGAGUCCGACCAACCAUAUCCGGAACUACCUUAUGAUCCAAGAGUAGAUGUGACCUCCCUGGGCCGCACCACCGUCACUUUGGCCUGGAAACCCAGCCCAACGGCCUCUUUGCUGAGACAGCCCAUCCAGUACUGUGUGGUCAUCAACAAGGAGCACAAUUUUAAGAGCCUCUGUGCAGUGGAAGCAAAGCUGAGUGUCGACGAUGCCUUUAUGAUGGCGCCCAAGCCUGGUGUGCACUUCAGCCCCUUUGACUUUGCCCACUUUGGAUUUCCUCCCGAGAACUUGGGUAAGACUCGUGGCUUCCUAGCAAAGCCAUCUCCAAAGCUCGGCCGCCACGUCUACUUGAGGCCCAGGGCUGACAUUCAGAAAAUCUGCAUUGGAAACAAGAAUCUCUUCACUGUGUCCGAUCUGAAGCCGGACACGCAGUACUACUUUGACGUCUUUGUGGGCAACGGCAACAGCAACAUGAGCACUGCCUAUGUUGGCACCUUUGCCAGGACCAAGGAAGAAGCUAAGCAGACGACAGUCGAGCUGAAAGAUGGGAAAGUGACCGAUGUGUUUGUGAAAAGGAAGGGAGCCAAGUUCCUCCGGUUUGCGCCAGUCUCUUCGCACCAAAAAGUCACCUUCUUCGUCCAUUCUUGCCUGGACGCUGUCCAAGUCCAAGUACGAAGAGACGGGAAGCUCCUGCUGUCCCAGAACGUGGAAGACGUCCGGCAGUUUCAGCUUCGAGGAAAGCCGAAAGCAAAGUACCUCAUCAGACUGCGAGGAAGCAAGAAAGGAGCGUCCAUGCUGAAACUACUGGCCACCACAAAGCCCAGCAAGCACUCCUUCCCCUCGCUCCCUGAGGACACGCGGAUCAAAGCCUUCGACAGGCUGCGCACCUGUUCUUCUGCCACCGUGGCGUGGCUGGGCACGCAGGAAAGGAACAAGUUCUGCAUCUACAAGAAGGAAGUGGACGAUAACUACAGUGAGGACCAGAAGAAGAGGGACCAAAACCAAUGCCUGGGACCAGACGCGCGGAAGAAAUCAGAGAAGGUCCUGUGUAAAUAUUUCCACAGUGAAAACCUGCAAAAAGCAGUGACCACCGAAACCAUCCGAGGUCUUCAGCCGGGCAAAUCGUACCUGCUGGAUGUUUACGUCAUCGGUCACGGGGGGCAUUCGGUCAAGUAUCAGAGUAAGGUGGUGAAGACCAGGAAGUUGUGCUAGUUCCUUGUAGAGAGAGAGACGUGGAACUCCAGCAGGGGAAUGCCAUCACUUUAAGUAUCAACGGACGACGACUCCCACAGCUGAGAGAAGUUGUGACGUGCAUUUGUACUGUGUAAGAAAAGAUACCAACUUGUGUCUAUUUAUGUUGACCUAAGUCCUUGUUGGAGGAGACUGGGUCUCCUGGGCCCCCCGCGGUACCCAGUGUGCAUCGAUGCCCUGUCGACGUCACAGGUGGAGGGCAUGUCGAAGGAACUGCCGCCCCCUGCUUUGACCACUGCAUGAACUGCUUCUAAAUUAUUUUAUUACCUAAAAUUUAAAAUAUGCCAUUCAUUGCACACCUCCACAAAUGCAACUCAUUCCUCUCAAUAGAUGCUAGGAUAUACAUAAAUUAUUUUAUAAAGUCUUGUUUUAAAAUGUCAGUGUUUCUAUGAUUGUAAACUUUUAAACCUGUUAAAGUAAAAAUCUAAUCUAAGUAUUAUUAAGUGGACAGCCCUCUAGUCAGUGAUAUUGCUAUUGUAAAUUCUUAUUUGUUGAGUAAAACGUUUAAAGACUGUAUGUAUCGCCUGUACAAAGUUGACAUACAUUAUAUUCAUGUACAUAAAAUUAAAGAUAUUAGAUUAUAUAAUCCUCA